AUGGAUCACACUGGUAAGGAGGCGGAGGCAGCGGGGGUCCUGGUUUCGUGCCCCCUUGGCUUGUGUGGGACGGGGUACAAGGGGUACUCUCGCCUCACUGCGCCGGGACGUGACGGAGAGGAAGCCAGCUCACAGACCCGGUCCCGGGCUGGCCCGCUGCUCCUCGGCCUACUCUUCGGAGCGACUGUAAAGAACUUGAACCUUCUAGGUAGUAAGUUAACUAGAGUUUGCUAUUUCACUUUCCUGUCUUCCCAUUUAUUAGAAGUCAGCAAACUGGCGUACAGGUCAAAUUUGGUUCCUUUAAAAAAACAAAAAAGUUACUGUUCAGAAGGAUUUGAUUAUAAUGAAGAGCAACGGUAUGACUGUAAAGGGGGUGAACACUUUGGAAGUCAGCGAAGAUUUCCAGGACACCUUUUUUGGGAUUUUAAGAUAAACAUCUUAGGUGAAAAGGAUGAUACACCAGUUCAUUUCUGUGACAAAUGUGGAUUGCCUAUUAAAGUCUAUGGGAGAAUGAUUCCAUGCAAGCAUGUCUUUUGCUAUGACUGUGCUAUUUUACAUGAAAAAAAGGGAGAUAAAAUGUGCCCAGGCUGUAGUGACCCUGUGCAGCGGAUUGAGCAGUGUACACGAGGUUCUCUCUUCAUGUGUAGCAUUGUUCAAGGUUGCAAGAGAACGUAUCUGUCUCAGAGAGACUUACAAGCUCAUAUCAACCAUCGCCAUAUGAGAGCUGGGAAGCCUGUUACCCGUGCUUCACUUGAGAAUGUUCAUCCUCCUAUUGCCCCUCCUCCAGCCGAGAUCCCCGAUCGUUUCAUAAUGCCGCCAGACAAGCACCAUAUGAGCCAUAUUCCUCCCAAGCAGCACAUCAUGAUGCCGCCACCUCCUCUGCAGCAUGUGCCGCAUGAGCACUACAGUCAGCCACACGAGGAUAUCCGUGCUCCUCCGGCAGAAUUGUCCAUGGCUCCACCUCCACCUCGUUCGGUCAGUCAGGAAACCUUUCGUAUUUCAACAAGAAAACACAGCAAUUUAAUAACUGUCCCUAUUCAGGAUGACUCAAGUUCAGGUGCUAGAGAACCACCACCUCCUGCCCCAGCGCCUGCUCACCAUCAUCCUGAAUAUCAGGGCCAACCAGUGGUAUCGCACCCUCAUCAUAUUAUGCCUCCACAGCAACAUUAUGCACCACCCCCACCUCCUCCACCACCAAUAAGCCAUCCAAUGCCACAUCCUCCCCAGGCUGCAGGUACUCCUCACUUGGUGUAUAGCCAAGCUCCACCUCCACCAAUGACCUCUGCUCCACCACCAAUAACCCCUCCCCCUGGACAUAUUAUUGCCCAGAUGCCACCUUAUAUGAAUCAUCCUCCUCCAGGACCCCCCCCACCUCAGCAUGGUGGUCCACCUGUAACUGCACCCCCUCCUCACCAUUAUAACCCUAACUCUUUACCCCAGUUUACUGAAGAUCAAGGAACUCUGAGCCCUCCAUUUACACAACCAGGAGGAAUGAGUCCUGGUAUAUGGCCUGCACCAAGAGGUCCACCACCACCUCCACGAAUGCAGGGCCCGCCUUCUCAAACCCCACUACCUGGACCACAUCAUCCAGAUCAAACAAGAUACAGACCAUAUUACCAGUGAUAAUAGUGUUUUGAACUGAAGAUAUGACAAGGAAAAAGAUUAAAUUAGUCAAUCUUAUAAUUAAGCUUUGUUGGGGGAAGGAAAAAUACCUCUUGAGGUGGCUAUAAAAAACAAAGUCUUGUCCAUAAAAUGGUUUUAAAUCUUGACCUUAGGAUUGCUUUCAGAUACUAUACUGUAGUGCAGAGCAGUGGCUUGUUGAGCACAACUGUAUCUUAGCAACUGUUAUUUUGGUGUGGUGAAUUGACCCUGAAGUGACCAUUUGUAAAAAAAUUGAAAAAUUUUCACUGUUCCAUUUUCAAAAUACUGCUUUUAUUAAACCCAGUGUUUAGUUUUUCUUGUGAUGCAUUUUGUUAACCUAUAUAAAGGAUUAAAUUUCAAGAUGGUUGUAAAAGUGCUGUUUUAUGUGAAUUUAAGUACAGCCAUAUAAUUUUUCUUAAACCAUAUGUUCUACCACUAAUUUUCCAAAGUUAAAAUAAAGUUCUAAAAGUAAAAAUCUACUAAAUUAUAACCAGGCAGACUGUUAUAUGAUAGGGAAUUACUUCACAUUUUAGGCAUUGAAACUUCAAGGGGUCUUAAUUAUGAAGUGCACUUGGAUUUCCUUUUGUCUUUGGCCUGCCCACGGAGCGCCAAGCUACAUGAGAAUUCCGAUGACAGUGUAGUUGUGUGACAUGUCCCAAGGCCUUCUGAUCAUUUGGAAAAUGACUGGCUUUGCAGGCUCUAAGCUGCUGAUGAGAAACUGUUCUCAUCGAUGCUUAAGUUAUAUCACUUUAUAGGAUUGUUGAAAUGGUGUUUUUUGGAUGAAAUGUGUUCUGUGUUCACCAUCUUAACCUACGUUUUAGGGCUGAUGAAGUUUUAUUUAAAUCUGCAUUUCUUCCUAGUACUUUGAUUCUGUGUUUUAGUGUGUUCUUGUUUAUGGAACUAUAAACUGCAGCUUGAGUGCUGUGAAGGAAUUUGACUAAUGUAUUCGCAAAGGGUGUUUCUCGAAAAACCACAAACUAGCAUUUACUCAGGUUUCAUUGUUGUGGUUUUUCCUCCAGUUUGAAAUUGUAAAACUAUCAUUUCUUUUGUUGUUGUUGUUUGUUUGUUUGUUAUAAAGCAUUCUAACAUUGUAGUGUGGAAUCAAUAGUGAAGACAACCAGAUAAUUUUGAAUUGGACAGAAAAAAAGUAAUACUUAGAUUGUGAAGUUCAGUGCCAUGAAAGGUGCCUUUGGAGUCAGUGUUUGCAUUAUCAGGACUUGUUACAGUCCAUUGAAGAUGACCACUCAGUUUAUACAGCUUUCCUACGUAUAAGUCAUCAUUCUUAGGAUAUUAUUAUAUAUCCUUUGAAUUGACUAAACCCUUGUGAAGCUUUUCUUCCCCCUUAAAAUGGUGCAUAAUAUAAACAUGGUGUGUAGAAUGCAGAUAUCUUUUAUUAGGGAGUUUGUAGUAUAAAAAUGUAGACAUUGGUUUUUGACAAAGGGUAUACUGAUUGGUAAUUCACCAUUUUUUUCUGUCAGGUACAGGAACAUUCUUGUGUUAGGUGAUCAGAUACAAAAUCAUUUCUGAACUUAGCACAGGAGUAAAUAUGAAUGGCCAUUUCAUCCUUGGCUGGCCAAGAAAAACCAAAAAACGAAUGCAGUUUUUUUUUUUUUUUUUUUCGA